GUUACAGCUCAUUGGUCCAGCGAGCGCUCGCUCCAUUGUCGAGAAAACGUGAGCACUGGAAGAAGGAGAAGACGAACCACUUACCCUUCAGACAGAUUCGGGAACAAGUCUCGAAAAAGACAGAUAGACAUAUAAACGCUUCACAAUUGGUUUUAUUUACCAAACAAAGCAAGGUAGAGCAUAAACACUAGUCUAGCAUUCACUUCUAUUGAAACCAUUGGGUCUGCAUCUUUGACAAUCAACAAGGGAAUAUUGUUACGUCUUUAGAUGCAAUAUUUUUGUGAAUCUGUGAUUAACAAAUUAUUUGUUAUUGCAUCUUUGGAGUACAUCCUUCGGAAUCGCCUGAUGCAUUGAGCAUCAUCAAUGAACAUGUUUUCUCAAGGACAAGUACUGUAAUAACACUGGACAGUGCAAAGUCAGAUGACCUUUGGAUUCAUGAUCUAUAUAUGUGAGAUUUUCGGGAUCUCCUUCUCCUUAGAGAGGUACAGCUUUCAUAUCUACCACUGAUCCAUUGAUCUACAUCGGCCCAAAAGUAAGCCAGCUAUUGCCUUCCGGAAGCGGAAGCCCUGAACUUUUAAAUUCUUUUUCAUCUUGUCUAUUUGAGCGUAAUAAUCAUCAACAUAUAACAUGAAGAUAGAAGAGGGAUAAACGACAUUUAAUCAUUUGAAGGAGGUGGCUGAACGUCGAUCACUUUACGUCUAGGAUAUUGUUGAAAAAUCCAAACUGAAUAAAGAAGAGAAGCAAUCCAAUUUUGCGAAGAUAAGAAAUUAUUUGUAUGAUACAUUAAUCAUUUAACCUGCAGAUAACUCCAGCUACAGAUUUAUUUCUAUACGAUAUAUUGCAACUGACCAAGGUGUCGUUUUUAGUUCUUCAACUUCGUGUGAUAACUGCUAGGAAUGGCGACUCUAAUUUGGACCCUUUUCCUAGCAUGGAUUCCACUCCUGUGUUUCUGUAACUGCAUAUCGCAUGCUUACGAGAAUACUUUUCUCAGUCAUGAAGAGUUGAGGAAUUACAUUGGAAAGGAGGACAAGAUUGUAGGCUAUCAUAUAGCCCAGCCAAAAGAGAUAGGUGCAUCAUCUAGGAGUAGACGCUCCACCACAGACACAGAGCAGACGACCCAACAUCAUCACGAAAAUGCGCGCCAAUUCGAAUUUGAUGCUUUCGACACAACAUACCACGUGGUUGUCGAUUCGGCAAAGGGGUUAGUGAAAGAGGGGCUAGAAGCUGAGUUUGUCGGUUCGGACGGCAGGGUGACGCAUUCGGAACCCGUCCACACGGAGUGUCUCUACCAGGGCGAGUUGGUAUUCCCUGCGGAAUUCAAUGGCGGCAAUUCGAACGCCGCGCUCAGUCUCUGUAGCGGUCUGACUGGAGUGAUAAGCACGCCAGAGUAUGAUCUUGUAAUCAGACCCCUCCAUGAGCACCACGCCCAAAGGUUCCGCAGAGAAGCCGAGAUGAGAGUCCCUGAAGACGACACAUCGUUUGCGAGAAAUGCCGCGAGGUCAUUAUCAUCUGAUCCACUCCACAUCGUUAUCAAACGCGACGCGCAGUACCCGGACGACCGCGACACCGAAAGCGGGAACGACACAUUGGUUGCAGGGGAUGACGACGAUAUGCAAGAAGAGCACUUUUGUGGACUUGAUUCAAGAUACUUUGACACAUUAUUCAAUCAUACAACACCGAUGCAAUCACAAGCAAGGGCGGGUUACACAGGACGAAAAAAGCGAGACACGGAAAGAAAAAGGCGGGAAACAGAUGGCGCUAAAGCGAUGGAAAUGUUGGUGGUUGCGGACAAUCAGAUGCGACUAUUCUACGGACCAGACGUGGCGAAUUAUACACUUAUCCUGAUGAACAUAGCAGCCGGCAGGUUCCGGCAUGAAUCGCUCGGGAGAGGGCUUUACUUUCAUAUUGUGAAGCUUAUGGUUAUGACCUCUGACUCAAUUACUACUGAAGAUGGCGCAACGCUGAAUUCGGUACCGGACGGUGAGCUGACUCUGAGUAGCUUCUGUUCAUACCAAUAUCACACAAACCAGCUCGAUGACGACCACCCGGACCAUUAUGACAAUGCCGUAUUCAUCACAAGACACGACAUUGAACUGAAGCAGAAUAAAUACUUGCUUGGUAUUGCCAAUCUGAGAGGCGCAUGCUCAGCCACUCACCAGUGCUCAGUAAAUGAAGAUAACGGCCCAUCGUCUGGUCUUAUCAUCGCUCAUGAGAUCGGUCACACAGUUGGAAUGCUUCAUGACACAGACACGGGUUGCUCUGGCGGGACCAACAUCAUGUCAUCGAGUCGUAUUGGUGGGACUGGCUCAUAUCUCUGGUCGGAGUGCAGUCGGGAGCAAUUGGACGCUUUUCUAAGGUAUCCGACCAUCACCUGCUUGGACGACAUUCCGGAAGUUCUUGUCGGCUAUGAGGGAGAAAAGCUUCCGGGUGAGAUAUACGACGCUGACGAGCAAUGCCUGCAAUACUCAGACUACUUUAGCGGUGCAUGCACGGACACAGCCUUACCCAUUUAUGGAGUUCAAGAUCGAUGUCCCAAAAUGUUCUGUAGGUUCCCAAACGGUCUUUGUUCGCGUACUGGAGUAGCAACAGCAGACGGAACAACAUGCGGAGAACAUAAAUGGUGCAUUGAGGGCACCUGUGUGGACAGACCCAACACACCUAUCAAUGGGGGCUGGUCCCCAUGGGACGCUACCUGGGGCCCCUGCUCAAGAACAUGCGGCGGCGGUGUGGAGCUGAGAUAUCGCUAUUGCAACAAUCCUGAGCCACAUAACGGAGGAGAACCCUGUCAAGGCGAAUCCACUGUAGCCAAUCUGUGCAACGUACAGGAAUGUAAAACGACACAAAGGGAAUUCCGUGACGAGCAAUGUAUGUCAUCUGGUCUUGAGCAGUACGACAAUCAUGAUCUUACCUGGACAUCCACCACUCAGAAUCUAUCAGGAGACCAGUUGUGUGAACUGUGGUGCCAGGCCGACAUAGAGUCGGAGACCGGGGAAACACUACGCGUCUUGGACCAGCGUGACGGCGCCUACACCGACGGUACGCGCUGCUCACUGGAGUAUGGCGAGAUGCGCGUAUGCGUGCAGGGGACAUGCCGGGAGUUCGGUUGCGAUGGCUACCAGUACUCCGGAGUGGACUUUGACAAUUGCCGGGUAUGCGGCGGAAACGGAUCCACUUGUCGCCGGGUAGACGGUUCUAUACAACUCAACUUAUCCGAACAACAAUUUAUCACUUUUCUGACCGUGCAACAGAAUGUGACGUCACUCAGCGUGAUCAAUACAAACACCACCACGUUUAUGGACGUGAUGAUCAACGGCCAGCUCGCAAUUGGUGGCAGCAGUCAGACCCGGUCACCGAGGUGGGAAUACCGCGUUGGGAACACUACCGUUCAUUAUCACGUAGCAUCUGGACAAGAGAUAAUUACGAUAGCUGGGCCCACGUUAGACGACAUAGAAAUCCAGGCCUUUGCUGACACAUCCGGGAGGAUAGCUUCCGGUGAUAUUCGCUAUGUAUACUAUGUCAGUGAGUCCAUACUAGUCCCGACACCCACCCCGACUCCAGUGACUCAUAUCUGGGCCAAGUCCGGCGGAGAAUGCAGUGUUACCUGUGGUGUCGGUACCCGUAUGGAAGUUGUUCGAUGCGUCGACGUCAUCAGCGUCCAGUUCGUUGAUGACAUAUAUUGUGACGCUGCUAGCCGACAUGUCCCCAUUGUCGAGUCUUGCCAGGAAGACAAUUGUCCGCCAAGGUGGUUUUUGGCGGAUCUGAACACUACUUGCAGCGCCACCUGCGGUGAAGGCGUGCGAACUCGAGUGGUGGUUUGUCUGUUGUUCGCAGUCGACGGGGUUCGAGUGGUGGACGAUUCUUUCUGCGACGAUUCGGAAAAACCGAGUGCUGUCGAACCUUGUACGGACUUGCCCCGUUGCCCUGGGACAUGGGUGCUCAGCUCGUGGUCUGAAUGUAAACCUUGCGCCAAUCGGACGCGGCUGGCGCUAUGCCGAACCGGCUCCGAUUUCCUGACCGUCCUGGACGACGAUGAGUGCCCCCAGCCGAAGCCUCAUACGUCGGAGCCCUGUGCAUGCGUGACAUCGACAGUGAAGCCGGGCGAAGCGUCAUCUCAUUCAACGGAAGACGAUGUCACAAUGGCGACGACACAACCCGGGGGCGUCAGUGAGCCGCCAGUCGUUCGUUCAGACGACAAUUUCCUGACACAUGACCAGGGUACUAUCGAGAGAAUAGGGUCAACAGAUGGCGCUCUUUCAAGUAUAGUUAUCGUUGCACCGCUUGGUCACGUGGUAUUGGUCAAUUUUAAACUCGUCUAUGUAGAUUGCUCAUCAGGUGAUUCAUUCCGUGUUAAAGAUGAAGAAAAUGUGUACAGUGCAUGCAGCUCAUUCACAAACUUCAACUGGACAUCGACAAGUAACAUACUGCAAUUCGAUCUCACAACAGUAGCAGACGACAGGGGCUACUCGUUAUCGUAUCGAUUUAUCCCAAUAUCGGUAUCAACAUCUGACUGUGACCAGGUGUUCCUGGAAGAGUCAGGAACCUUGACCAGUCCCAACUACCCUUCACGCUACCCGGCCGACCAGCGGUGCGUCUAUCACAUCGUGGCCCCUCCCAACGUCCGAAUCAAUCUCUACUUCGACGUGUUCAAUCUCCAUGUGGAGGACGCACUGCUGUGCUCGACAACCAGAGACCACAUUUUGAUCAAAGACCUAGAUCAACGGUUCUACAGCAGUAUAUACUGCGGUCAACAUGUUCCGUUCGGUUACUUCUCAUCCGGAAACCGGCUUCGAAUCAGCUUCUUUUCAGAUUCGGACUAUUCGUCGUUCGGAUUCUCGGCGACAUACGCUUUUGUUAAUUAAAAUUCCUGUUAUCAAUAUGAAAUUCUGUUAAAUGUGAAAUACACUUCCUAUUUAUUUUAUGUAUUAAAAAGACGGCUGGUGUUUCCAGAAACUUUGUCUAACGUGUGAUUUUCAUCUACUAAAAGUUCAUCGACUGAAGAAAUCGAUUGGAGUUAUUAAAAAAAUAGAACAUGAUAUAUAAUUAUAUAACUCCUUUAUCCAACAACUGAAAAA